UGCGAGUACAGUACAGUGCAGUCAGUGCAUCGUCGCCUCUUGUCAUUACCGCAAACAAACAAACUCUACAAUGUACAAGCUGGUUUUCUUCCUCGCCAUGAUCGCUUUCGCCAGCGCUGGUGUCAUCGCGCCCGUGGUGCCCGUGGCCCACCCAGUGGUGGCCCACCCCGUGGUGCACCCCGUAGCAGUGUCCCACUCCGUAGUCCACCCGGCGCGCGUCGUAGCGGCCCCCGUAGUCGCAGCGCCCGUAGUCCACUCGGUCCACGCGGUCCCACUUGUGAGACACGCCCCGAUCAUUGCGGUCCACCAUUAGAACGAAAACUUCAGGAAUGUUAGAUGUUCUUCUUUUGUUUGAAAUUGGUUGACAGUUAAAGUUUCAGGCUUACUUUUUUGUUUGUGUUUUUAUUAGCAGUUUUUUAUUGCAAUUGAUUCAUCAAUUGUAGCAUUUUUACGUAAAUUACGUAUUUAGAUACUUCUUUAGGAAGAUGUAUGUACAAUAAAAUGUAUAUGUUUGAGAAACACUUA